AUGUGUGGCAUCUUCGUCUCCCUCAGCAGGGAUACAUACAGAUCACCGAGCGAGCAUGUGCUGAAGCUACUUCGGGACAGAGGGCCAGACAGCGUGAAAGAAGCCAGAGUCGAGAUUGAGCUUCUUGACCCUGCGUUGGAUGGACCAAUUUCAGAACUCCUCUACGCAACAUUCGUUUCUUCCGUUCUAGCCCUGCGUGGAGAACGCAUUGUCGUUCAACCUCUUGUUGACGAGAAAACUGGCUCUGUCUUCUGCUGGAAUGGCGAGGCUUGGGAGAUAGAUGACAAUCUUGUCACUGGCAACGACUCCGAGCAUGUCUUCUCACUUUUGUUGCAAGCUUGCGGAGCUGGAUUCGACCAGGACCACCUCGUACAAACCACCAGGCGCAUCAAAGGCCCAUACGCUUUUGUUUUCUACGAUAAUCAACGCAAGAGAUUGUACUUUGGGAGAGACUGUCUUGGCAGGCGGUCACUGCUUCAAGGCACUAGUCCAACAGGUGAGCUCAUACUCUCAAGUGUAUGCGACAAAGGCGUAAGUGAGCAGUGGUCGGAAGUCGAGGCAGACGGUAUCUACUGGUUCGACUUGUCGUCUAGGAUCCUCCCAGGAGCUAGAUACGGAGAGGUUGGGUCGCAGUUGAGUCCCCCAUAUCCGCCACUCAACAAGUCUGUCGCUCUUGACACGUUGACAUCGCUUGGUCCAGCAUCUCCGCCCGUAGGGAUAUUAGAGGAUCGUUUGCGCUCGUCAUUGGCCCUCCGAGUGCGUGAUGUCCUAAACCGCGAUCACGUGGACCUCGAUGGAACCAGCGAUCACAUUUCGAACGUCGCUGUACUCUUCUCGGGAGGUCUUGACUGCACAGUGCUUGCUCGGCUGAUGCAUGACCUGCUCCCCGAAACGGAAACAAUAGACUUACUAAACGUGGCGUUCGAGAACCCUCGGAUACACAAGACUUCCAUCAAUGGAACACAUGAAGCACUUGAAGUGUACGAUCUUUGCCCGGACAGGAUCACUGCGAAGGCUUCUCAUACAGAGUUGCGGACAAUUUGUCCUGGCAGAAACUGGAGACUUGUAGAAAUCAAUAUCCCUUUCGCAGAGACACAAGCACACCGAAGUACCGUGAUUGGACUAAUGCACCCCCACAACACUGAAAUGGACCUUUCAAUCGCCUACGCGUUGUACUUUGCUUCGAGGGGUGUUGGCGCCACUCACGACACCAAAACCGGCUGCAUCCGCGAAUACGCCACACCAGCUCGUGUCUUGCUCUCCGGCCUAGGCGCCGACGAGCUGUUCGGAGGCUACCAACGUCACGCCACGGCUUUCGCUCGCAAAGGCUACCAGGGCCUGGUCGACGAGCUCGAACUGGACAUCAAUCGGCUCGGUAAGCGGAACCUGGGACGCGACGACCGCGUGCUGUCGCACUGGGGCAGAGAAACAAGGUUUCCGUACCUUGACGAGGAUCUGUUGAAGUGGGCUCUGGCGGCCCCAGUCUGGGAGAAGUGCAGCUUCGGAGAAGACCUGAGCGAUGUGACAGGAGACGAAGCGGCGGCAUUGGAGCCCGGUAAGAAGGUCUUGCGCUUGCUGGCGUGGAAGCUGGGGAUGAAGGGAGUUGCGAAGGAGAAGAAGCGCGCGAUACAAUUCGGGGCGCGGACCGCAAAGAUGGAAGGAGGGAAGACGAAAGGCACCCAGCUCAUUGGAUGA